ACAUUCAGGAUGUCAUCAUCUGAACAGAAUACAGCUCACAGGGAUCAGUCUCUCCAGCCUCUUGAUCCAGUCAAGCGUUUAUUUGGCACCGAUAAUGAAGUGAAUCUGGAGAGCGAAUUGUGAAACGUUGAACUUCUGUUUUUAGCGUUUUUAUAUUGAUUUUACUUGUUUACAUUUUUAUUAUAUUAGUGUUAUUACAUAUGUUGACUUUGGACUAAACAGAGCGGUCUCGCGUUGUUUGGUGUGCUAGUGAUUUGGUGCUCCUGCUCGAACUGUGUAUCUGGAUGAAAUAAGAGUUUGCGGUUCUAAAACUAGACAUCAGUGGCGUGCUUUUCGGUGUGUCCCCGAUCGUGGUCAGUACUGUACAGCGGUUCAUGGUCACCCGUACGUAACCAAUCACAUGGCCGCUCUGGAGUGAAGCCUCGACACAGCACCACAGGUCGACCCACUCCCGUCCUCCACAUCGCAGCGAUGCCUCCCGGUGUUGUAGCCCCGUCUCCACGGAGCUCUCCGGCCCGGUGCUUCUACGCCUUGACACCGUACUUCAUAGAGGACUCUGUCAUCUGCCAGAGCAAGAUUGAUCAGCUUAUCAGUGAGAGCUUUCUGACAGUGAAAGGCGCCGCCCUCUUCCUGCCCCGGGGAAAUGGCUCCUCCCCUACCUCUGCUUCCCGCUUCGCUCAGCUGCGCAGCAAACAUGCAGGUGACCUCCAGCAGCACCUGCAGACCAUGUUCACUCUCCUCCGACCAGAGGACAACAUCAAACUGGCUGUCCGGUUGGAGAGUACCUUGUAUCAGGGGACUCGUUACAUGGUGGUGGUCUCCACUAACGGCCGUCAGGACACAGAGGAGAGCUUGGUGUUGGGUAUGGACUUCAGCCCUGCAGACAGCUCGUGCUCGGUGGGGCUGGUUCUCCCUCUAUGGAGCGACUCACUGAUACACCUGGAUGGAGACGGGGGUUUCAGUGUGUCCACUGAUAACAGGAUCCAUGUAUUCAAGCCUGUGUCGGUGCAGGCCAUGUGGUCUGCUCUGCAGUCGCUCCACAAGGCGUGUGAGGUGGCUCGUUGCCAUAACUACUUCCCCGGCAGCCUGUUCCUGACCUGGGUCAGCUACUACCAGAGCCGGGUCUCCUCUGACCAAUCACGCAUCAACGAGUGGAACGCCAUGCAGGACGUCCAAUCACACCGCGCCGACUCUCCCGUGAUGUUCUCUGACGUGCCGACGGAGAGAGAGAGGACGGAGCGGCUCAUCAAGACUCGUCUGAGAGAGAUCAUGAUGCAUAAAGACCUGGAGAAUGUCACCUGCAAAGAGAUCCGCACAGAGCUGGAGGUGCACAUGGUGUGUAACCUGUGUGAGUUUAAGGAGUACAUAGACAAUGAGAUGAUCCUGAUCCUGGGUCAGAUGGACAGUCCCACUGAGAUAUUUGACCAUGUUUACCUGGGCUCUGAGUGGAACGCAUCCAAUCUGGAAGAGCUGCAGAACAGUGGGGUGCAGUAUAUUCUGAACGUGACGAGGGAGAUUGACAACUUCUUCCCAGGUGUGUUUGAGUACCAUAACAUCCGUGUGUAUGAUGAGGAGGCUACAGACCUGCUGGCCUAUUGGAACGACACCUACAAGUUCAUUUCCAGAGCCAGGAAAGCAGGAGCUAAGUGUUUGGUUCACUGUAAGAUGGGUGUGAGUCGCUCUGCGUCCACGGUGAUAGCCUACGCUAUGAAGGAGUACGGCUGGGACCUGGAGAGAGCAUUCAACUACGUUAAGGAGCGACGUGCCGUCACCAAACCUAACCCCUCCUUCAUGAGACAGCUAGAGGAGUACCAGGGCAUACUGCUGGCCAGUAAGCAGAGACACAACAAGCUGUGGCGUUCCCACUCGGACAGUGACCUAUCGGAGCACCACGAGCCGCUGUGUAAGACCGGCCAACACCCCCACACCCUGGGCCGCUCCGACCCUCGUAACCAGGGUAACAGCCCCGCCACCCCCUCCCUGCAGGAGCUGCUGCAGCCGCUGGGAUCCCCCUCCAACACGGGCCAGGUGGUGCGGUCCAUCUCCGAGUGUGGGACCCCUUCUAGUGCAGGGAAGGUGGUACAGUCCAGUAGCCAGCCCAAUACUACUGCUACCCAGGAGAAUAAUCUGGACACUAACCAGGAAACUAGGACUGAAGCUCUGUUGACCUCCACAACCGGGGACCAGUCAUUAGGUACUGGGGACCAGUCAUUAGGUACUGGGGACCAGUCAUUGGGUACUGGGGACCAGUCAUUGGGUACUGGGGACCAGUCAUUGGGUACUGGGGACCAGUCAUUGGGUACUGGGGACCAGUCAUUGGGUACUGGGGACCAGUCAUUAGGUACUGGGGACCAGUCAUUGGGUACUGGGGACCAGUCAUUGGGUACUGGGGACCAGUCAUUGGGUACUGGGGACCAGAAUCCGUCAACAGCAGCAGCUACUACUGUCUCCACUGGUUCCCAGGCCCAUGGGGAGUCUGUGUGUUCCCAGUCACCCCCUCUCUCCAACGGCCUGUGUGAUUAUGAAGAGGACCCCUCAACCCCUCUCCCUCAGCCGCGGGCGGCCACCGUGGUGCCUGACAUUUCCACGGUAACCGUGGCGGAGACCGUGCCGGUCGGGCGCCCUCAUCCGCCCCCUAUCCACCACCUCCUUGUCUCCCCCGCCGCCCUUCCAACCCCCUCCGAUGAAGACGAGACUCCGAAAGCCAAGGAGCCGUCCACCACCUUGCCUAAGGAAAAAUACUGCCAGCUGCAGGUGACACCAUCAGUGCCUGAGUCAUCGUCGAUGACCCCGGAAACAAGCACACAAACAGCAGGACCACAAGAGCCGUCCACACCAGUGCCUGACAAGAAACUAGACUGUGACCAGCGGUUACCUGGGGCAUCAUUGGACAGUUCAGCAUCCCAACAACCCUCCAGUAUUGAGGUACUCAUCAUUAGCCAGCCCAGUGCCCCCCCUCAGGACCCUGCUCUCGAGGCGGAGGGGUCCUCGGCUCUCAGCACAGACCACAUCAACUUCUUCAGCGCCAGAGAGAAGUUCCAGGGCCUGACUCAGGAUGGGAGGACCCGUUGCCUUUCUGAUCAGGCACUGCAGCAGACACCUCAGCCCAUACCCAGGGAUCCAGGACAGGAGCAGCAGCAGCAGGAGGACCCCUCUGCUGUGGCGACUGGGAAGGGAGAAGAAGAGGAGGAGGUCGAGGAGAGGAAGAGGGAGAGCAUUGUCUCUGUUCACCUCAUAGUCACAGAACUGGAGUCCAUGACGCACACUGUGGCCCCUCCCCCUGGCCCUCCCAGCCAACCAGAGCCUACUGUUUCCCAAGACCACGAAGUGGGUCAGUCAAACCAGGAAGUAGAGGGCAAAGAUGCAGAGUCACAGCAGGAAGUGGAGGUUGUCAAAGAGGAAGUGAAGGACGAAGCAGAAGAGAUGGAAGCAGUCUCCCACUCUCCUCCCGCCCCUCACUCUGCUGAUUGGACGAUGGGCUCUGUGCGCCGCGUCACCCAACAGCUGGAGCAGCGAAUGAGGCAGGACUCUCCACCUCCACCUUCCCUCCCUCCCACCCACCCCCAUCGUCGCUCCCCUCUCUUCCCUAACUCAAGAGAACACUCCCCUCCUGCCUCUCACCCCUUCCCAGAGACAAACUCCAACCCCCAGAAUGCACCACUCUGCAUGCAGGGGUCAGAGGUCAGCACUGUGCAGGAAAAGGGUGGGGGCUGUAGUCCUAUGGAGGAAGAUGGAGGACAGGAGGCUUGGAGAGAAGGUUUACAUGAAGACAGUGUCCAAAUGCACAAACACAACCUUAGUGAUGGCAGCCUUGCAUCUACCUUCCACCCUACCCUCAUCACCCCUCACCACUCUACCCCCAUCACCCCUCUCCAUCCUACCUUAAACUCCGCCCUCGCCCCCCUCUCUUCCAUGGAUUUCCUGUGUCUGGAGGGGGUGACAGAGUUUGAGUCGGGCACAGACUGGGACAGUCUCCCGGGUCGAGGACCCCCCGGUGACGACGACAUGAGGGAGACAUGGGAAACUCUGCGGGAGCUGGGGGCGUUCCUUCGCCAGGUGAGCGGGGGCGGAGCCAAGGUACCCAGGUGUGUGGGCCAGGUGUGGGGGGAAGGUACGCAGGCGAGGCAGAAGAGGGUCAGGGGUGGCGACAGACAGAGAGCUAGGGAGGUGGAGGCACGGAUUCGCCAGGCUGGGCUGACACCGCCCUCCCUGAUGAAGCGCUCUGCCUCAUUGGCUAAGCUGGGCUGCUUAGAGCUGUCGGCCAAUGACCUGAGCAAUUGGGAUAUUAGCCCCACCUCUCCGGCGACACCCGCUGUGGAACCCCUCCUUCCUUCCACAGCGGCUGACGAGUCCUCCAGGAAACUGAGGGUGCUGUUCCACAACGCCCUGCGUCCUUCUGUCUCCACCAGCAGAGCGGAGAGGCCUUGUGAGAGUGGACACACCCCCUCAGAACACUUGCAUUCUCCUACGUCCAAUCAAGGCUGGCAGAAGGGGAAACAUCCUGACUCUGGCCAUGCCCCCUCGCUGACGGCUGACCUGAUCUCCGUGGCAACACGACAGCAGUACGGAAGUACACACCCCCUACGUAGACUGAAGAAACGGACUGUCAGCACCCUCUACCACACUAUGUGACCCUCACUGUGUGUGUGUGUGAGAGACACGAAAGCUGGUCAAACGCCAGCCACUUCCCUUAGCCCCUACCACCUUCCCUGGCAGAUGAUAGUCAGAUGUGUGUACAAUAUGCCGGCCUCCUCUAGGAUCAUUGUAAGGCUCGAUGGAUUAUAGCUAACACAAAGCUGAUCUCUUCAGGGCGUGAGGGCAUCAUGUAUGUAGUGACUUCUAGGAUUUGUAAUGUUUCUUGUUGCAUACUGUAUGUAGUGUGUAUUUGAGUUAUCAUUUUAGGAUGUGUCCUUUGUUUUCUAUUGGUUGGAGUCUGAACUGUUUGUGUGAGGCAGAAUAUCUCCAUAUGUGUGUGUGUUUUAAAAUAAUGUUUGUCACUUUUGUGUACAUAAUAGGAAGUGUGUCUGUGUGGGACUGCAAAGUGCAGUUUCUCCCUUCCCUUUCUAUCAGAAAUAACAAUGAUAUGGGGAGGUUUCUCAAAUAUGCACUUUACUGUUUUUUGAGUUGUGUACGGUUCCUACCCUUGGAGCAUGCUUAAUGUGAGUUGAAUAGUUGUGAGUAUUUUACAGUGCAGAAAUGUCAUUUCCUUUUAAAUCUGUAAAUAUUCUAAUUUUUUUAUGUGCUUAAACUGUGACCAAUAAAUAAUGACAACUUAA